AUGAUUUGUAACUCAAUUAGAGCUACUACUGAUUGUUUCAUAGAUACACUAAAACAGUUAGUUUUUAUGCAAAUUGAAGCAUUGACAGUUUUGUAUGCAGGUUCUGGUGGUAACAAUCAUGCAUUGGAUUAUUAUAAUGAAACCAAGUACCCAUUAGCAGUUAAACUGGGUACCAUUACUCCAGGAGGAGCUGAUGUCUACUCUUAUGAAGAAGACUCAAUGGUGAUGGAUCCUAAACUAUCAGAACACCUCUCACACUUUGGAAUAAACAUGAUGAUCAUGUCUAAAACUGACAAGACGAUGACUGAGUUACAAAUAGAUGCUAAUAUUAAACUGGGGGAGUGGUCAGUGAUUCAGGAAUCAGGCCACGAACUAAAACUGGUUUACGGUCCUGGUUAUACUGGUCUACAGAACCUUGGUAACAGUUGCUACAUGAAUUCCGUCAUGCAAGUUCUCUUUGCACUGCCCGAGUUUAAGGAGAGAUACUAUGAUACUGCAGUGGAUACUUUUAAAAGACAAACUGGAGACCCAACAAAAGACUUUAACACUCAAAUGUGUAAACUGGCCCGAGGAUUGUUAUCUGGUGAUUAUUCCAAACCACUCCCUCCUGCCGAGGGUAGUACCCCAGAGGGAGAGAAAGAGGGACAAAAGGAACAAGAAGGUAUUCGUCCUAACAUGUUCAAAACACUCAUUGGCACUGGACACAGAGAAUUCAGCUCCAACAGACAACAAGAUGUUCAAGAAUUUUUCCUUCAUCUUCUGUCUGCCAUAGAGAGAGCAGAGCACACUAGUAGAGGUACAAGGAAUGUUGCUGAUUUAUUCAAGUAUCAGGUUGAAGAGAAGAUUACUUGUGUCGUUUCUGGUAAAGUCCGUUAUUCUGUUAGACCAGACUCCAUACUAACUUUACCAGUUCCAAUGGAAACUGCCUCUAAUCAAGCUGAAGUGGCUGCUUGGAAAGAGAAGAAAGCACAGCUAAUGGCAGAGAAAAAGAAAAUUAAUCAUGAUGAAGCAGUGAGAGCUAAAGUCUCUUUCUCAUCUUGUCUUGGACAAUAUUCAUCAUCUACUGAUAUUCCUGACUUCUAUUCGACAGAACUUAAAACAAAAUCACCAGCGACCAGGAUUUAUCGUUUUAAGACAUUUCCAAAGUAUCUUGUUGUUCAGCUAGCGAAAUUUGCUUUUGAUGAGAAUUGGGUCCCAGUCAAAUUUGAUGUUGAAGUUGAUGUCCCUGAGUCUCUUGAUAUAUCCAGUCUAAGAGGAGGAGGUAUACAACCAGGAGAAGUUGAACUACCUGAAGAAUCUGGACCAGCACAACCUGAAGUUGAGAUUGAUGAAGGUGUGUUGUCACAGUUAGCCGGAAUGGGGUUUGACAUUGAAGGCUGCAAGAGAGCCAUAUACCACACUAAGAACCAAGGAAUAGAGCCAGCCAUGAACUGGGUACUGGAACACAUGGGAGACCCUGAUUUUACGGAUCCAUUUGUUCCUCCUGGUAGUGUCAAGUCAGCAGGGGGUGGGGCUGAUAAAGGAGGUGUGGCCAGUGAAGACUCCAUUGCUAUUGUAAUGUCACUGGGUUUCACUAGGGAACAGGCUAUGAAAGCAUUGAAAGCUACAGAUAAUAAUGUAGAAAGAGCUGCUGACUGGGUGUUCAGUCAUAUGGAUGAACUACAACAAAUGGAAGAAGGAGAAGGUGAAGAACCAAUGGAAGAGGAACAGUUCAGUGAUGGGUCUGGAAAGUACAGUCUAAUAGCAUUCAUCAGUCAUAUGGGUACCUCAACAAUGACUGGUCAUUAUGUCUGUCACAUUAAGAAGGAUGGCAAGUGGAUCAUAUUUAAUGACAACAAAGUAGCUGAGUCUGUGGCUCCACCUAAAGAUCAUGCCUACCUCUAUUUCUACAAGAGAGAACAUUGAAACACUGAGAGUGUAUUACUCGAAGUAUAUUGUACUGUGUACUGUUGUGUGAAGUUUAAAUAAAAGAUUUG